AUGACAAAUGAGAAUCUCAUUACCCUUACCUACCAAGAUCGCGUAGCGAUCGUUACACUCAACCAGCCUGACAAGCUAAAUGCUCUCAAUGCCGACCUAUACUAUCUUCUAGCCGAGCGUUUACGUGAAAUUAACUCGAGAGAGGACAUAUUCAUCACAGUGUUGACUGGAACAGGUCGUUUCUUCUCUGCCGGAGCCGACAUAACAAGCGUACGUCCUGGCAGCCACGAUCUGGGCUCAAAAGUCCACCGCGAGCUCCUGAAAGGGUUUGUAGCUAAUAAUGUUUACGUUACACGCACCUUCUACAACCACUCCAAGAUCCUUGUUGCCGCCUUGAACGGGCCCGCUGUCGGUCUUUCAGCAGCGCUGGUUGCCCACGCUGACUUCAUCUAUGCUGCCCCGCACACUUUCAUCCUGGCUCCCUUCUCCUCGCUCGGCCUCGUCGCCGAAGGCGGCGCAAGCCGUGCCUUCGUCGAGCGUCUUGGCAUCGCCAAAGCGAACGAGGCGCUCAUCAUGAGCAAGCGAAUUACCUGUGACGAGCUCGUUUCGACUGGCUUUGUAAAUAAGGUUAUUACGCCAGAGUCCGGGAAGAAGGAGGACUCCGAUGGGUUCUUGAAGAAGGUGCUUGAGGAGCUUCGUGAUCAUCUUGGUGAGCACUUGAACCAGACUAGUAUGUUGAAGAUCAAGGAGCUAGUAAGACGGCCUGAGAGGGAACUUCUAGAUCGCCAGAAUGGCAUUGAGGCAUUUGAGGGCCUUGAGCGCUUUUUAAAGGGAAUUCCGCAAGAAGAGUUCCGGAAAUUGGCAUCUGGUGAGAAGCGACAUAAACUUUGA